GCCUCGGUUGUCAAACAUGGCUGAAGCGCCACUGCUACCGCUACAGCCGCUGAAGGGAAAAUGCUGAGCUCGCCCGGGCCGGGUGGGCGGCGGCGGCGAAGGCGGCGACGGGAACACGCUUCCCGGGCGCGGCGGCGGCGGUCAUGGCCCGGCUGGCCGACUACUUCAUUGUGGUAGGCUACGACCACGAGAAGCCAGCAGGGCCAGGAGAAGGUCUGGGGAAAAUAAUUCAGAGAUUCCCACAGCAGGACUGGGAUGACACGCCCUUUCCACAGGGAAUUGAAUUGUUUUGUCAGCCUGGUGGAUGGCACCUGUCCAGAGAGAGGAAACAGCCAACAUUCUUUGUGGUGGUCCUAACAGAUAUUGACUCAGAUCGACAUUACUGCUCAUGCCUAACAUUCUAUGAGGCGGAGAUCAAUCUCCAGGGAACAAAGAAGGAAGAGAUUGAAGGUGAAGAAGUAUCUGGUUUAAUUCAACCUGCAGAAGUAUUUGCCCCCAAAAGCCUGGUGUUGGUAUCCAGAUUAGACUAUCCAGAAAUCUUUAGGGCUUGCCUGGGUUUGAUCUACACUGUGCACGUGGACAGCCUGAGUGUCUCCUUGGAAAGUCUCAUCGCCAAUCUUUGUGCUUGCCUUGUUCCUGCUGCUGGAGGGUCUCAGAAGCUAUUUUCCUUGGGUGCAGGAGACAGACAACUGAUCCAGACUCCUUUGCAUGACAGCCUUCCUGUCACAGGCACUAGUGUGGCUCUUUUAUUUCAGCAAUUAGGCAUUCAAAACGUCCUCAACCUCUUUUGUGCAGUUCUUACAGAAAAUAAGGUUCUCUUCCAUUCAGCAAGUUUCCAGAGACUUAGUGACGCCUGUAGAGCCCUGGAAUCUUUAAUGUUUCCUCUUAAAUACAGUUACCCUUAUAUCCCCAUUCUUCCGGCUCAGCUCCUAGAAGUUUUGAGUUCUCCAACUCCUUUCAUUAUUGGCGUACACUCCAUCUUUAAAACUGAUGUCCAUGAGCUUUUAGAUGUAAUCAUAGCAGAUUUGGAUGGAGGCACUAUUAAAAUUCCUGAAUGCAUUCACCUCUCCUCCCUCCCGGAGCCACUUCUUCAUCAGACUCAAGCAGCACUUUCUCUGAUCUUGCACCCGGAUUUGGAAGUCGCAGAUCACGCCUUCCCUCCUCCACGCACAGCUUUAUCCCACUCCAAAAUGCUGGAUAAAGAAGUUCGAGCAGUUUUCCUUAGGUUAUUUGCACAACUGUUCCAAGGAUAUAGGUCAUGCCUCCAGCUUAUACGGAUCCAUGCCGAGCCUGUGAUACAUUUUCACAAAACAGCUUUCUUGGGGCAGCGAGGUUUGGUUGAGAAUGACUUCCUCACUAAAGUACUCAAUGGAAUGGCAUUUGCAGGCUUUGUUUCAGAAAGAGGACCUCCCUAUAGAGCCUGCGAUCUCUUUGAUGAGUUGGUAGCUUUUGAAGUAGAGAGAAUUAAAGUUGAAGAAAAUAAUCCACUGAAGAUGAUAAAGCAUAUCAGAGAACUUGCUGAGCAACUAUUCAAAAAUGAGAAUCCAAACCCUCAUAUGGCAUUCCAGAAAGUUCCACGUCCAACAGAAGGAUCCCACUUGAGAGUUCAUAUUCUUCCUUUCCCAAAGAUUAAUGAAGCCCGGGUUCAAGAACUAAUACAGGAAAAUCUUGCCAAGAACCAGAAUGCACCUCCUGCUACACGAAUAGAAAAGAAAUGUGUAGUGCCAGCAGGUCCACCUGUUGUUUCAAUAAUGGAUAAAGUGAUAACAGUUUUUAACAGUGCACAGAGACUGGAAGUUGUUAGAAACUGCAUCUCGUUCAUAUUUGAAAAUAAAACUUUGGAGACUGAGAAGACCCUUCCUGCUGCCUUGAGGGCCCUUAAAGGAAAAGCAGCAAGACAGUGUCUCACUGAUGAACUGGGUUUGCAUGUUCAGCAGAACCGGGCAAUAUUGGACCAUCAACAGUUUGACUACAUAAUAAGGAUGAUGAAUUGUACUCUACAGGAUUGUUCAAGUUUAGAAGAAUACAACAUCGCUGCAGCAUUACUCCCCCUGACCAGUGCUUUCUACAGGAAACUUGCCCCUGGAGUCAGCCAGUUUGCCUACACCUGUGUACAGGACCACCCCAUUUGGACAAAUCAGCAGUUUUGGGAGACAACUUUUUACAAUGCAGUACAGGAGCAGGUUCGCUCCCUGUAUCUCUCAGCUAAGGAAGACAAUCAUAUCCCACAUCUGAAGCAGAAGCGUCCUGAUGGCCAGUGUCAGGAGAAGACCGCGAUGGACCUGGCAGCCGAGCAGCUUCGCCUGUGGCCUACUCUGAGCAAGUCAACUCAGCAGGAGCUGGUGCAGCACGAGGAGAGCACUGUCUUCAGCCAAGCCAUUCACUUUGCAAACCUCAUGGUUAACUUGCUAGUUCCACUAGACACAAGUAAAAACAAGCUCCUUCGAGCCUCAGCUCCAGGAGACUGGGAAAGUGGGAGCAACAGCAUUGUCACCAACAGUAUUGCAGGAAGUGUAGCUGAGAGCUAUGAUACAGAGAGUGGGUUUGAAGAUUCGGAAAACAGUGAUGUGGCCAACUCUGUUGUAAGGUUCAUUGCCCGAUUUAUUGACAAGGUUUGUACAGAGAGUGGAGUGACUCAGGACCACAUCAGGAGUCUCCACUGCAUGAUACCAGGAAUUGUAGCCAUGCACAUUGAGAGCCUAGAGGCAGUACAUCGAGAGAGUCGAAGACUUCCUCCUAUCCAGAAGCCUAAGAUUCUUCGACCAGCUUUACUGCCAGGAGAAGAAAUUGUAUGUGAAGGUCUUCGAGUCCUACUAGAUCCUGAUGGUCGGGAAGAAGCCACUGGAGGUCUCCUCGGAGGUCCUCAGCUCCUGCCUGCAGAAGGCGCCUUGUUCCUCACCACAUACAGAAUUCUCUUCAAAGGAACACCGCAUGACCAGCUAGUUGGUGAGCAAACAGUUGUGCGGAGCUUCCCCAUUGCUUCAAUCACCAAGGAGAAGAAGAUAACCAUGCAGAACCAGCUCCAGCAGAGCAUGCAAGAAGGGAUGCAGAUUACAUCAGCAACUUUCCAGUUGAUUAAAGUAGCAUUUGAUGAAGAAGUCAGUCCAGAAGUGGUAGACAUCUUUAAGAAACAGCUAAUGAAGUUCCGUUACCCUCAGUCCAUUUUCAGCACCUUCGCUUUUGCUGCUGGACAAACUACCCCACAAAUCAUUUUACCCAAGCAGAAAGAAAAGAACACCUCCUUCCGAACUUUCUCAAAAACAAUUGUGAAAGGUGCCAAGAAGGCAGGAAAGAUGACAAUUGGGAGGCAAUAUUUAUUAAAGAAGAGAACAGGAACAAUUGUGGAAGAGAGAGUAAAUCGUCCUGGGUGGAAUGAAGAAGAUGAUAUUUCUGUUUCAGAUGAUAGUGAACUUCCCACAAGUACAACCCUGAAGGCCUCAGAGAAAUCUACAAUGGAACAGUUGGUGGAGAAAGCAUGCUUCAGAGAUUAUCAGCGGUUAGGUUUGGGAACCAUAAGUGGCAAUUCCUCUCGUUCAAAACCAGAGUAUUUCCGUGUUACUGCCUCCAACAGGCUGUACUCGCUAUGCCGUAGCUAUCCUGGCCUUUUAGUCAUACCUCAAGCUGUACAAGACAGUAGUUUACCAAGAGUAGCCCGCUGCUAUCGACACAAUCGCCUGCCCGUCGUAUGUUGGAAGAACUCAAGAAGUGGUACUCUGCUCCUCCGAUCUGGAGGAUUCCAUGGGAAGGGAGUUGUCGGUCUGUUCAAAUCACAGAACUCCCCUCAAGCCGUUUCUACCUCCUCUUUAGAAUCUUCCAGUAGCAUAGAGCAAGAAAAGUACUUGCAAGCCUUAUUGACUGCAGUUAUUGUCCAUCAGAAGCUCAGAGGCAGCAGCACUCUCACUGUCAGGCCAGCACUUGCUCUGUCCCCAGGUGUGUGGGCAAGUCUUCGUUCCAGCACCCGUUUGAUCAGCUCCCCGACCUCCUUUAUUGAUGUUGGUGCCAGGCUGGCGGGCAAGGAUCAUUCAGCCUCGUUCAGUAGCAGCACCUACCUACAAAACCAACUCUUGAAACGACAAGCCGCCCUUUAUAUAUUUGGUGAAAAGUCACAACUACGGAGCUCAAAGGUAGAGUUUGCUUUCAACUGUGAGUUUGUUCCUGUUGAGUUCCACGAAAUCCGACAAGUAAAAGCCAGUUUUAAGAAGCUGAUGAGAGCUUGUAUCCCAAGUACCAUCCCUACAGACUCGGAAGUGACCUUCCUGAAGGCCCUGGGAGAUUCUGAGUGGUUCCCACAGCUUCACAGGAUAAUGCAGCUGGCUGUGGUUGUGUCAGAAGUACUUGAGAGUGGGUCUUCAGUUUGGGUGUGUUUAGAAGAAGGCUGGGACAUCACUACACAAGUGACAUCCCUGGUACAGCUACUCAGUGAUCCCUUCUACAGGACAAUUGAAGGCUUCCGGAUGCUGGUGGAAAAGGAGUGGCUCUCUUUCGGUCAUAAGUUCAGCCAGCGCAGCAGCUUGGCCCUUCACUCUCAGGGCAGUGGCUUUGCUCCCAUCUUCUUGCAGUUCUUAGACUGUGUGCAUCAGGUUCACAACCAGUAUCCAACUGAGUUUGAAUUCAAUCUCUAUUACCUAAAGUUCUUGGCUUUCCAUUAUGUGUCUAAUCGCUUUAAAACAUUUCUCCUGGAUUCAGACUAUGAAAGACUAGAACAUGGAACGUUGUUUGAUGAUAAAGGUGACAAGCAUGGCAAGAAGGGGGUUUGUAUCUGGGAAUGUAUUGACAAGAUGCACAAGCGGAGCCCCAUUUUCUUCAAUUACUUAUACACACCAGUGGAAACAGAGGCCCUGAAGCCUAAUGUCAACAUCUCCAGCCUAAAGAAGUGGGAUUACUACACAGAAGAGACCCUGUCUGCAGGUCCUUCCUAUGACUGGAUGACGCUGACCCCCAAGCAUUUUCCCUACGAGGAGUCAGAUGUAGCCGGAGGAGCUGGGUCCCAGAGUGGGAGGAAGACAGUGUGGCCGUGCUAUGAUGACGUGACCUGCAGCCAGCCAGAUGCCCUCACGAGGCUUUUCAGUGAAAUUGAAAAAUUGGAGCAUAAAUUGAAUCAAACGCCUGAGAGAUGGCAGCAGCUAUGGGAAAAGGUCACCGUGGACCUCAGGGAAGAGCCAAGAACAGACCGUCCCCUAAGACACUCGCCGGGGUCCCCAGGAAUUGCAUCUACCAACAUGCCUUCCUAUCAGAAGAGGCCGGCACUGCACCCGCUGCACCGCAGCCCGGGCGAAGAUCAAAGUACCACCAGCGCCCCAUCCAAUGGUGUCGAGCACAGGGCGGCCACACUGUACAGCCAGUACACAUCCAAGAAUGACGAGAACAGAUCCUUUGAAGGAACAUUAUACAAAAGAGGAGCGUUGCUGAAGGGCUGGAAACCCCGCUGGUUUGUUUUAGAUAUAACAAAACACCAGCUGCGAUACUACGAUUCGGGAGAAGACACAAGCUGCAAAGGCCACAUUGAUCUGGCUGAGGUGGAAAUGGUUAUCCCUGCGGGCCCCAGCAUGGGAGCCCCAAAGUAUACAAGUGACAAGGCUUUCUUUGAUCUCAGGACCAGCAAGCGAGUGUAUAACUUCUGUGCCCAGGAUGGGCAGAGUGCCCAGCAAUGGAUGGACAGGAUCCAGAGCUGCAUCUCCGAUGCCUGAUGCCCGUGACUGAAGCCCAAGAAGCAGAGGUAGAGGAACUAAGUCAUCUGCCUGCAGGGCGAUGGCCCAGGUCAUCCCAGGGCCUGAGGUUCUGCUUGCCCUGUCCCUUCUUGAAGCAGUUGCCAUGUCACACAGGUCUGGGUAGGAGCCCUGGCCCUCUCCCUGCAGCAUUCCCACAGGAUGUAAGUGGCUGGGGGUCAGAGGCUUCUCAGACCUGCUGCUGUCAUCUCCUAGGCAAGGCGGCUCCCACCUGAGCCCCGAGUCAAGACUUCUUUUGUUCUCCAAAGCCAUAACUUCCUUUGAGAACUUUGACAACAAAUCCAAACCUUCACAGGUCACUGUCUCUCCACAUAGGUCUCCCAUCAGACGCCUCCUUUACUGCCUGACCCUUGAGAUGCGUGCUUCCCUGGUGCUGCGAAAGGUGCUUUCAUGGUCCCUGCCCAGGGCUUCACAGCAGGCGACAUCACUGCUCAGUGCAGGCAAAGAGGGGGUUAACUGUGGCACAGAGGGACCUGGGCCAGUGCAGGAAACCACCAGUCUCAGGACACAGCGCCUGGUCCUGUGUUCUUCCGUUCCUGACAGCCUUCUGUAAAGUUAAAAGCCGGAGCAGAGCGUGCGACUCCACGGAACACUAGCACUAAACUAACCAAGGAGUUUUGGGACAAACUGAGGCCAGCUGCUGCCAGCUCACAUGGGACACAGCCAGCUAACCAGACAGCACUGCUUGUGAGAAGAACUGCUCUGAAGGCCUCCCAGCUACGAUAACCUUGCUUUCUUAAGCCUAAAACUCAAGGAUGCUUUUUUGCAUCCUUGCAAACUGGUGGCUUGAUCAGUGGCUUUAUUUUGAAAUGUUAAUAUGUUAAAUACCAAACUAAUAUUUCAAAAUAUGUAUAUAUGAUUUCUAUAUCCUGAUUUUUCAGAUAGCUUGCUUAUAAUUUAAUAUAAAAAUAACUAAACCGAUUCAUAAGAUUUUAGUAAUAAAAAGUUGUUUCCUUUUUAAAGAAUAAAAACUACUUUGUAGAUUAAAAAAAUCAAAUUUUCAAAUUAAAAAUUAUCAACACACUAGAAAAUAGAACUGUAUUAAUAUAUAAGAAAUUGGGAAAUAAAAAUGAAGGAGUUUUUUAUCAUAUUCAUUUUAUAAAUUUGCCACCUGUGAAAUGGUUUUUGCACAUUAUUUGUAUUUUCUUUGUAUAUGAAAUCAUUUUUUGUACUUUGUAAACUCUGGAGCCCAGAGCUGGAGUCAGCUCUUGGAAGCUGUGCCCACUGCUGCUUUUGUAACUGGAUUCUUUUAACUUCCAUGAAGGCAUUGCGUGCCGUCUGGUCACUAACCACCCAAAAUUAAAUUUAUUUCUUAAGAAAAAGAA